AUGACGACCAACAAUGAGUGCGUCUUGGUCACAGGAGGAUCUGGCUUUGUCGGUACCCAGUGCAUCAUCCGCUGCUUGACUGCAGGCUACCGGGUGAAAACGAUGAAAACGACAGUCCGGUCGCUAGAGCGUAAAGAGACUGUACUCCGAACGCUUCAAGCUACGGGCGCCCCUAAUGCGGAGAGUGUUUCAUUUGUGGAAGCUGAUCUUACCAAGGAGGAUGAGGCUCCAAAGGACGAAAAUGACUUGAUUAUUCCCGCCCGGGAUGGCACUCUUCAUGUCUUACGGGCGGCCAGAGAUGCUGGCGUGAAGCGUGUUGUUGUCACAUCAUCGUUCGCCGCUAUGGGCCAUGGCCAUCGCAAUCGGGACCCAACUAAACCGUUUACCGAAGAAGAUUGGACUGACAUUGACGGACCUGGAUGCGGAGCUUAUGAAAAGAGCAAGACACUAGCUGAGCGUGCCGCGUGGGACUUUAUCGAGAAAGAAGGAGGCAGUCUGGAGCUCCGCCUGUUGAACGGCGCGGUACCGGGAUGCCCAAAUAUCGAGUUUGGCAUCGUGGAUGUUCGCGAUGUCGCCGACCUACAUCUGCUGGCCAUGACCCAUCCCAAAGCUAAAGGUGAACGAUUUCUGCGCAUGGCACCACCGGCUAUGUCGAUCAAGGACAUGGCUUUGACUUUCCAUGAGCGACUUGGCCCGAAAGCGAGGAAAGUGCCCACAAGGACUAUUCCAAAUUUCGUGUUGAGGUUCCUCGGGCUGUUUGAUUCUGGAAUCGCUCUGGUAGUCCCCUUCCUGAAUCUCGUCCAGGGUCGAAUGAGAAGGCUAGAACGGUGCUCGGCUGGAACCCCCGCUCGAAUGCUGAUGCGGUCACUGCCACUGCAGAAAGUCUGA